AACGAGGAGGAGCAGGGGAGAUCCCCCCCUCGAAAAAAUCCACAAUCAAGCUUCUGUCAGCCCUGGAACUGGUAUACUUAAUUAUAUCUCCCUUUAGUGUCAAUGGGAGGGUUUGGCAUUUAAAAAUGGAGCGGAAACCAUGUUCCCCACCCCAUCCUUCCACCCAGCAGAGCUUAGAAAGUGGUGGCUCCUUCACCCCAGAAUCCUAUCAUCACCAGGAUUAUUUUGCUUGUGAAGUUGGUAUGGGGCUGGCAUAUCAGACAGUAUGAUGCCCAGCUUUGCCAUGGAAUGUCUCCAUCCUUGUUUUCGCCCAGCCCUCUCGAUCUAGCAAUCAAGGACAGCUGGGGGGGGUUCUGAAAAAUUAUUGUUACUGUUUAUAGGUGAUGUCCCACAUGUUGUUGUUUUUAUUAAAAUACAAUUGUCCUGUUUCCCCAUCACUUUUUCAGAAUAUAUGACCGCACACAUAUUUAUUUUGGUUACAUCAAAGAAAUAAAAAGAAAGAGGGCAUCAUUUCUCUCCCAAGCUGUGUAGCAUGUUCCUUUUCAGGAUGGGAGGAAAAAUUUUACUUGACAGGGAGAUGUUUACAAGCUUGAAUGAUGCAGAGAUUUCAGUUCAUGCUGUAUUCCUAUAGGGUUCCAAAAUCCACCCCAAAUGAAAAAGGGUUUACAGAACAGAGACAAAUUAGAUGGGACUGUAUGGUAGGCCCUGAUCUAGUUCUCUGUCUGCAACGCCUAAUGAAAUUGGCCUUACAUUAUGACAUCAAAUGGUUUCCCACUCCAGAUGAUUGGCUGGCAGGGAAGAACAGAGCGUAGUGAUGUCAUAACAUGAAGUCACAUAUUGACCUCCACCAAAAGACUUUUUUUUAUUCCUUGCAGUGCGGGGGUUGGGUGGAGGGGGCUUCAACUCUUCCGUCAUGAUACUUGUAUUUGUGACUCCACCCAUCGGUGCAAUAUUCCUACAAGCAUAUAACACCUGUAGUGCUACUGUGCUAAUAUAGCACUUUUGUGUGGACACAAAACAUUGUGAUGCAAAGAACCUGGAAGCUGUGAGAGGAAAGAGUUUCAUUUGGCUGAGAAAGAUAUUAACUUUCCACCCACAUAAUAAAGAAUUGCGUUUUUCAGGGAGAAAUAAUGUGAAGACAGACCUAAAGGGGAACAGCGCCAGAAGCACCCAACCAUCUGAGCCACUUUCCAGGAGUUAAGUCCCCCACAAAAAAACACCUCAGAAGUUGAAGCAGAGGCAGGGGAGAGAAAGCCUUCAGCAUUAUAUUCUAGUUGAGCAGCAGAGCAUGAGUAACUAAUGGAGGCUUUUCGUGGUCUGGUGAGUUUAAGCUAUGAGCUGAAAGUUUAACUAUUAAUGAACUAAGGGUGUGUGUGUACAUACGUACAUCAAAAGAAAACUCAGCCACGUUUUUCCACUCAUGGGAUAAGGCUGGUUUACUCCCACCACUGCUAUCUUUUAGAUAGAUCCAUAUCUAACACAAAUUCCAACGUUGACUGGUGACCAAUUCCUCACCCUUCCUCCUCAGUACUGCAGAUAGGCUAUUUGGUAUUGUUGGUGUUGUUUUUUAAAACAUUGAUACAGCUAAAAAACUGUUCAAAAAAUCCCAAUCCACUGGACAAAAACUACAACACUGUCUGAAGUUUGUGGCAUUUGUGGCAUCACAGUCCUCAUCCGAUGAGCACAGUGCGCAGCCAAUGGCUGGAGGGAUGAGGCCAAUCAGUUUCCCCUGAACUCAGUUCUGAAUAGAAAUAGGAACAACUUGCCUGGAGGUGGGGGCGCUUUGUGGGGGGUGCAUUUCCAGAGCAGAUUGUGGUCUUUGCGCGUGUGUGUGUGUGUGUGUGUGCGUGCGCGCAAUCCUGGAACUGCUUCUGAUUCAAAGGUUUGUAAAAGCAAGCCGUCCAUUAGCAAAGGAAAAGGAGGGGAAGCAGGCAGACCAGACCAGGUCACUACAGCUGCCAAGGAACAAAGGAGAUCAACUGACCACAGCAGCCUCCGAAGGAGGUGGCUGGCCUGGGAGUUAGGAGGAGGCUGGCUCCAGCUUACUCAGUGUAAGCCUGGAUGUGGCGAUUAAAGCAUGUGAUGAAGUGGCAGCCAGACAAAGCGUGGAAACCUACUGCUGACAGGAAAUUCAGAUUCUUCUCAGCACAGAAGGCAUUUGAAUAGCAAUCGUAGGAGAAAGCUGGAGAGAAUCCAUUCUAGAGGCCAAAAAAGCAAAAACACAGG